AUGGAGGAGAUAAGCUUCUUAUAUGAGCUGAAAGAAAUAGCCGAUGGCCAUGGUUUAUUCGCUCGCGACUUGAUCAAAGCAGGCACGCGCAUUAUCCAUGAAAGAUCGAUUCUGUCAGUCUCCAAGGUCGAGACGCAAAACAAGACCGAAUACAGAUGUGUAAUCGAUCAAACUUCUGAGUUGCAGCCUCUGGAUCAGGAGCGGCUCAUGAACUUAUAUCACAACCCAAAGAAGCUUCUAGAGUUUUCCUUCCUCGAAGGACAGCAGUGUCCAAGCACAAGUCUUGACUGCAGUCUUGUUCUGGCCAAGUUCUACACCAACGCUGCAAGCAUACAAUCAGGCGGUCUGGAAUGUGGCUUGUUUACCACAUUCUGUCGAAUGAAUCAUUCGUGCACGCCCAACACAUGUUGGAUAUACGAUGAGCCAUCCGGCUUCAUUCAAGUCUACGCCGUUACGGAUAUCGGCCAAGAUGAGGAAAUCACCAAUUCAUAUAUCGAAGUCGCGUGUUCGCGUCAGACUAGACUAAGAGAAUUGUCGAACUGGGGGUUCAUAUGUCAGUGCCCCGCCUGUGAGGGACCUGAUGCCGCUAAACACGAUGAGCGAAGACGCAAGAUUGCCAAGACCAAAGGCAUCCUUGAUAUCUAUCAGGACGUUGGGAAGGAUGGCGAAAAGCCCAGAUUUGCCGAGGUUCCCAAAACAGACUUCGAAGCUUUGCAGCUUGGACAAGAAAAUAUUCCCCUGCUCAAGGAAGAAGGACUUGUUGAGCAGUUGGGUGUUGCGUAUGGACUGUGUGCCAAAUUUGCCAAAGGGGCUGGAUUGCAUAAGCUCGUGGAUGAGUAUGAAGAGAAGGAGUAUGAAAUACUGGUCAUAACAACGGGGGAGUAUGUAGAAUGA